AUGCUCAUAGAGCUGCCAAGCAGAGAGUGGACAUGUACCUACUCGGAGAGACUUGCCCCGCUCCGAGCAAAGCAAGGACGGGGGUACGACGCGUGUCAGUGCGCAGUGUGUUCACACCUACCCGCGGGCACAACCGCUGUCCGUGCACGAGGGCUGGGCACGCCAGUUGAGGACCGCACCACCGCUGCUGUGCUGGCUUCGUGGUUUCCUCUACCUCUAGCUGUUGGAGGAGAGAUAUACCUUCAGAAGCUAAGUUUACAGAACACAUUGCAUGUGGUCAGACGUUGUUUAAACCUCUGUUUUCUUACAGUAAAUUGCUUGGAUCAACAUGUUGAAAAGUCUCCGAACAGAGUUGCUUUGAUUUGGGAGAGAGACGAGCCUGGCACCGCAGUGCAUAUCACGUACAGGGAACUUCUGGAUCUGACUUGCCGUCUUGCCAACACCUUGAAGAAAUAUGGGAUACAGAAAGGGGACAAGGUGGCCAUCUAUAUGUCCGUGUCUCCCUUGUCUUUGGCAGCCAUGCUGGCUUGUGCCAGGAUUGGUGCUGUUCACACUGUGGUCUUCGCUGGAUUCAGCGCGGAAUCCUUAGCUGGGAGGAUCAUCGACUCUGGAUGCAAAGCAGUUAUCACCUACAACCAGGGAGUCAGGGGAGGCCGAACUGUAGAGCUGAAAUCGACUGUGGAUGAAGCUGUGAAGAACUGUCCAAGCAUCAAACACGUCUUUGUGGCUCAGAGGACAGAUAACAAAGUCCAGAUGGGCGACCGUGAUAUUCCCCUCGAGGAAGAGAUGGCCAAGGCAGCUUCUGUAUGCACUCCAGAGAGCAUGGACAGCGAAGAUACCCUUUUCAUGCUGUAUACUUCGGGGAGCACUGGGAAACCCAAAGGAAUCGUUCACACCCAGGCUGGAUACCUGCUGUAUGCUGCAGUCACGCACAAGUAUGUAUUUGACUACCAGCAAGGCGAUGUUUUUGGCUGUGUGGCUGACAUUGGCUGGAUCACGGGACAUAGCUAUGUUGUGUAUGGACCACUCUGCAAUGGAGCCACCUCUGUCCUGUUUGAAAGCACUCCAGUGUACCCCGAUCCAGGUCGUUACUGGGAAGUGGUACAAAGGUUGAAAAUUAAUCAGUUUUAUGGAGCACCUACAGCUAUACGCUUGCUGCUGAAUUAUGGAGAAGAGUGGGUGAAGAAAUAUGACCGAUCUUCCUUGAAAACCUUGGGAUCAGUGGGAGAGCCCAUCAACCACGAAGCUUGGCAGUGGUUCUACCAUGUGGUGGGAGAAGGGCGCUGCACUCUCGUGGACACGUGGUGGCAGACAGAAACUGGUGGUAUCUGCAUUGCCCCACGGCCUUCAGAGGAGAAAGCUGAGAUUGUUCCGGCUAUGGCGAUGAGACCCUUCUUUGGGAUUGUGCCUGUGCUGAUGGAUGAGGAUGGAAAGGUUAUAGAAGGCAAUGAUGUGUCCGGUGCACUCUGCAUUGCCCAGCCAUGGCCUGGCAUGGCAAGAACAAUCUAUGGAGAUCACCAGCGAUUUGUUGAUGACUAUUUCAAAGCCUACCCAGGUUACUACUUCACAGGGGAUGGUGCUUACAGGACCAAGAAAGGCUAUUACCAGAUAACGGGCCGCAUGGAUGAUGUCAUUAACAUCAGUGGACACAGGCUCGGGACGGCAGAGAUAGAAGAUGCAAUGGCUGAUCACCCUGAGGUCCCUGAGACAGCUGUGAUUGGGUAUCCACACAAGAUCAAAGGAGAAGGUGCCUUUGCUUUCAUAGUGUUAAGGGAGCAGACAGCUCAUACAGACCGUGUCAAAGAAGAGCUCAAAACCAUAGUGGCUUCCAAGAUAGCAAAAUAUGCUGUUCCUGACCACAUUCUGGUGGUGAAACGUCUUCCUAAAACCCGAUCGGGGAAGAUCAUGAGAAGGCUGCUGAGGAAAGUAGUCACAGAACAAUCAAGCAACAUGGGAGAUGUCACAACACUUGAUGAUCCAGGUGUUGUCAAGGAGAUAUUGGAUGCCUACCAGAAAUACAAGGAGAAGAGUUCCGCGUAACAGGCAGCUCUGGAAUCUCUCCCCUCUGGAAAUGUGGAAGGUCUCAAAUAACCAGGCAAAUGACACAGUUCUCUCUUGGUGUUUUUUAUAAAAACUCUUUUCCCUUCUAGGGGAACAAGAUUUUCUGCUCCACAAUGUAUUUUGAGAUGCACAGA